AUGGGCAUCACCAUGUCAGCUGAAAAGACUUCUCAAGAGAAGCGUCGUGAACAGCAAGCUGAUCAUCAGCAAGAAGUUGAGCAACAACGUUGCGAAGAUCAAGUUGAGCCACUGCCUCAACAACAAGAACAAGUUGAGCAACUUAUGGAGCAGGAGCCAACUCCGAUGAGUCAAAAGUCGCCGGUGAAUAUUUUCAAAUUCAUUAGUUUUCGAAGCUUGAAAGUUUUUCAAAUUUUUCAAAAUCAAUGCGAUCACUUUUCAACCUCUAAACAUUAUAAUUACAGAUCGUCGUCGAAGACCUCGUCUUCAACAUAAAGAAACGCAAGCCGCUGAAACGUCGUUUGUUCGCCGAGCAGAACCAGGAGGUUUGUCAUUGUUUAUAGUUUGAUCAGUACCAACUUUCCCAUCAUACCAAAAAAAAAAUGGACCCUUUUUGUCCAUAUUUUAUGGAAAAAAGCUUCAAAAAAAUAUUUUUUGUGUUCCAGGAGUCGGACUCGAAACGCGCCCUUGUCGAUCCCGAACAAGGCUUAGUCGACCCAGAACCACCCAGAGUCGAAGACUUCCUUUAUGACUCUGACUCGGACACCUACUCGGAUUCUUUCAACAACGGCUCCGAUCGCACCAUCAGCACUGGAUAUCCCAACCAAUCGGAAAUGUCGCGCCUGGAAGAGAGCGGCUGGGAGCUGGACAGUUACCACGAGGGCGAGGUUUUUCGCGAGAGUCGUUUGGGAUAAAUCAAAUUCUUGUUUCAGGACGCCGUAAUUGUUCAAGUAAUGGAUGGAUUUGGGAACUAUCAGGACAUGCCGAACAGUCGUCAGCCGUACGCGAUGCCGGAAAGAGAGCCGCAGCAGCCGCAAGUUCGUGAAGAGAGGCCGGAGAGUCCAGCGCUCGAAGACGAUCCGUACUACCAGAUGGCCUACGGAGCUCAGUACCAGCAGGAGCAGCAUGUCGAGAUUGUUGAUCGUGAGGAAGAUGUGGACGUUGUUCAUCCGGAGCCAGAAGUGGAGGUCGUUGACCAAGAAGUGGAUGUCGUCGGUCUGGAGGAGAACGAGCAAGAGCCGGAAGUUGACGUUGCCCACGAGGAGGAGAACCAGCAGGAGCCAGAAAUGAACAUCGUCGGUCUCGAGGAGAAUCAACAGGAGCCGGUAGCGGAGAUGAUCGAGGCGGAGCCAGAAGUCGUCGAACAAGAGCAAGACCAGCCUGACUUGGAUCAUCAAGAAGAAAUUGAACUCCCCGAGCCGGAGCAAGGAGAUCUUCCUCAGCUUGAGGAGCAAGUGGAUCUUCCUGAGCCCCUACAGCAGCAAGAAGCACAGCCUCAGCAACUGUCCGGAAUGCAGCCUGGCAUCUACUUCGUCUUCCCAGAACAGCUUGUUGUGCCCUAUUUCAUCCAGCCGCAGCAGUUCGCUGAGCAUCUCCAGCAGCAGUACAACGAACAGCAGCAGCAAAUCUUCGAGCACCAUCGGCAGCUCUACCUACAACUUCAACUUCAACAGCAAGGCGAACAAGAGGAGAUGGUCGUCGGUCCUCAAGAAGUGCAACAAGAGCAAGAACUUGAACCGCUGCUCGCCCCCCAGCUCGUCGAUGAUCAAGAAGAAGAGCCGCAGCAGCAGAAUCCUGAGCCCCAGCCCGCCUUCCAAUUCGUCAAUCCUCAAGUUGAAGAGCCGCAGCAAGGCCCGGAACCUCAGCUCGUCGAUGUCCAAGAAGUGCAGCAGCAGCAAGUAGAAGCUCAGGAUGAGGACGUCAUGGCUCAACAACGACAUCAAGAAGAGCCCGAACCACGCUACAACGAGCAGGCUGCAGACGCAGAAUCCGAACAGGAGGUCGCUCGAGGCUCGCCUCAAGUCGGGAACUGGGUGAGAUCCGGAAUUUUAGAAAAUUUUAAUAAUUCACUUCAAAUUGAGUGUUUUCAAACUGACUUUCCAAUUUUUCAGUUUGGCAUCCAAGGAGAACCUCGCCGUCUGAAUACUGACCACGAGGGGGACUACUUUCCACGCGUAAGUUUUUGAAAGUUUUGAAAAUUUUGAAAAUGCCUUUCUCGUCGAAUUUAGUACAGAAAAACCUUUUCUAAAGCUCGAAUUAUUAUUAGAAAGUGAUAAUUCUCGACAUUUCAAUAACAUUUUUCACUAUACUUUGAAUUUAAUUUAGUAAAAUCUCCGAAUAUCUGAAAUAAAGGAUUCCCUAGGAGAAUUUUUAUAAUUUUCUUAAGACUAAAGAAUCAAAAAAUUGAUUUUUUCAGAAGAGAUCGUACAUGCUCCCGGACAUCUGCCCACCAAAAUCGGAAGACGAGAAAAAAGACGCCAGGAUUCUCCUUGAUGUGAGUUUUGGAAUGUUCUAAAUGGAAUUUUCGGUCAAAUAUUCAUUAGAAAAAGCCUACUAGACCUCAAUUUUUAGCUCUAAAAGUCUUCAAAAAUUUUGUGUGCCUUCGUUUCUAGAAGCAAAUUGGAAAGCUUUGAAUUGAUUUUAAAAAAAUGACUUUUAAUUGAUUUUUUGAGCCUUUUUUGUUGAGAAAUAAGCUAAUUUCCGAAUUAUUUCAGCCCCGAAAGGAUUUGAUUCCCGCCGGCUGGCCCCGUGAAUGUCGCGAAGACGAGUCUGACGACGAGGAUGAGGAUGAGAUUAAAGAAGAAGAGAUGGACGAUGAGGAAGAACAAGAAAACAUGGAAAAUGGAGAAGAUGCCGUCGUUCCUCAGGUACAUUUCCAGAUUUUCAAACGAAAAUUGAACAUUUUUGAUGUUUUUCUCAGGAAUUUUGAGUAGGAACUGUGAUUUUUUUGAGGAUUUUGUGAAGAAUUUCGAGCUUAAUUUUUUAGGCUUAAGGUUUAAAAAGCCUGUAGAAGAUUGAUUACUAGAUAAUCUUGACAAAAAGUCGUCUUGAAACUGGAAAAUCGUGCUUAUCCUCUCAAUUUUCAGCAAAACGGAGUCAAAGUGGAAGUCGUCCCAAUUCCAGUCAAGCAAGAAGAAGGCGUCCAUGGAAAUGCUCCCGAAAACGUUGCUCCGGCCGCUUUUAGGGUAAUUUUUUGAUUUUUAAAGUCAAAAAUCAUGAAAUUUGGAGCGUUGAGCGAAAAGUUUAUUCUGGAUUUUACUUGAUUUUUCUCAAGUUUGAAACAAAAAGCACUUAGGGGGAAGAAUCAAACGUGAAAAAUUUGAAACCGAAAAUCUAGCUUAUCCUCACAAUUUUCAGCUGAAACACCCUUCCGAAAUCAAACAGGAGGUAGAGGAUGUGGAGGAAAUGCCAGAAGAAGCCGUUCAAGAACCUGAAAACGAAGAAAAUCUUCAGGUAUAUUAUUUGGUUUUUUGACAUCGUUUCUCAAGGUUUUAGUAGGAAAUUUUGAGUAGCAACGAUUUUUGAGUUCUAGGGGUUCUUAUAGAGAUAGUUCAUCAGGUGAAUUUUCGAUUUUUAGAGACAAUAUUGGGAGUUUUAGGAUGGAAAUGUUGAGUAGGAAAGAAGAUUUGAUGAAAAAAGAAUAAACUAGCUCAUCUUGAAAAAUAUUCUUUUGACCUAAACUCAUUGAAAUUGAAUGUCGAGCUCAUUCCCAUGAUUUUCAGCAAGAAGAAGCCGCGCCAGUUGAAGGAAUGGAACAGGAGGCUGUUGAAAUCGCAGGCAAUGAUGAAGGUGGAGCUGAGAAUCCCCAGGUAAUUUUUUGGGUUUAGGACUUUAAAUUGCCAGUUUUUGGAAUUUUCCUAAAACUAAUCUCAUCCAAACUUCAAGAAGUUUCAAUCAAGCUCAUCCCUAUUAUUUCCAGCAAAACGUGCCGGAACUCGACAUGGAAGAAGUAAUGAGACUGGCCCGGACGCAGAUGAAUCUCCUGAUGGAAUCAGAAAGACGACGUCAACUCGAGUUCCAGGAGGCUCUCAACCGCCUUGCUCCCCGUCCAGAACCGGUCCUUCCCCAAGUUCCCAACUUCAUGGCGGGCCUCAACUUCAACCCUCAGCCAGCCCAUCACGUCAACAAUGCCGACCCCUUCUCCUGGUACGAUGGCACCAAUCCCAUCCACAGGGAAGCUCUCAAGCGUUACGUAGUCAUGGUGGAUCAGUUCCUGGCUCAGGCCCCUUUUCACUUGCGAAACCCUCUCCAACUCCCGCAAUUCCCUCUUGAUUUCACCCAUGUUGUCGCCUUCAUCGAGGGGCAAAACAGCGUUUUUGACGCCCUUGGUCGGCCACAGUAG